AUGCUGCAGAUCACCACCAGUGGUGCAGAGUCACUUCCGAACCUAGAAGCUCCAUCGGACACUGGCCCGUCCGAUGAUCUGGCCAUCGUUCCUUUGGAGAACGUAUUGGUAGAGGACAGCCACCGAGACACAGAGAACGCCCCAGUACAUGCUAGCCCGCCAGUCUUGCGUCGCACCACUCGUCCAGGACUACGGUCUAGCCUGGCUCGCGUGGUCUUCCUCCUUCUCCUUGGGAGUGCGUGCGUGGUGCACGCGUCGUGCGCUCCAGGCCCUUCUUUGGAGUGCAGUCCGUCCCCUGGUCUCUCCCCUGGUCUGCCCCCUGGUCUGUCUCCUGGUCUGCCCCCUGGUCUGUCCCCUGGUCUGUCCCCUGGACUGCCCCCUGGUCUGUCCCCUGGUCUGCCCCCUGGUCUGUCCCCUGGUCUGCCCCCUGGUCUGUCCCCUGGUCUGCCCCCUGGUCUGCCCCCUGGUCUGUCCCCUGGUCUGUCCCCUGGUCUGCCCUCAUCAGCAUGUCAUCCGUAG